AUGAGUACAUAUGCAAGACUGAGUAUCUACAAAACGUUGUCUAUUAAUUCCAAUAGUCUGAGGGUAUUCCAUCGCACCAUCGCUAACAUCGAGGUCAUCACGGUUCUCGAUAUCAUUGCCAUUCCUCAAAAUGUUGUUACCAUAUGCUCUCCCUUCUGUAUCAUGAACGUCGCCAAAAUCAGCAGAAUGCCAAAGUUCAUCAACGCACAAAUGCUGCAUCAAAGCCGCGUCAUCUGUGUAGGCCUCGUGUUCUAA